CUCUACUCGGCUCAAUGUUUCGUGUCCCUCCAAUCCUCAGUUGCGAAUUUUCAGGAUGUCGGGGGUUUAUCCAACCAUCUUUCAGUCCGCCGUUGUGGCCACGGCCCUGAAGGUGCUCUUGUUCCCAAGUUAUAAAUCGACUGAUUUUGAAGUUCAUCGCAAUUGGUUGGCGCUGACACAUUCUCUGCCCAUCAAGCAAUGGUAUUAUGAGAAAACCUCAGAGUGGACUCUGGACUAUCCUCCAUUUUUCGCCUACUUUGAAUGGAUACUAUCACAAGUAGCAGCAUAUGUCGAGCCGGCACUGCUUAACGUCAAGUCUUUAGAAUACGAUAGCUGGCAGACCAUCUACUUCCAGCGUACUACGGUCAUUCUGUCAGAACUUGUACUGGUGUAUGCUCUGCAUGUUUAUGUGAAGGGCGCGAAGUCUAAGACUCUUGCUCACGCUGCAGCUUUGUCCAUCCUCCUCUCCCCAGGAGUACUCAUCAUCGACCAUAUCCAUUUCCAAUACAAUGGCUUCCUGUUCGGUAUUCUCGUCCUGUCUCUUGUCCUUGCGCGGAACGAUUCGACAUUGCUCUUGAGUGGGAUCUUGUUUGCUGCGCUGCUCUGUUUCAAGCAUAUCUACCUUUACCUAGCGCCGGCCUACUUCGUCUUCUUACUACGCGCGUAUUGUCUGAAGACAUUUUCCUCAUUCCCGUACAUUGGUAUUCGAUUCUUUAAUUGCAUCAAGCUAGCAAUUGGUCUAUUCGUCACGUUCGCCAGCGCAUUCGGACCUUUUGUCAAAUGGGGUCAAAUCGAGCAACUGUUGUCUCGUCUCUUUCCUUUCUCUCGGGGUCUCUGCCAUGCCUAUUGGGCACCAAACAUCUGGGCAAUUUACUCUUUCACUGAUAGAGUGCUAAUUUACUUGGCACCCUACCUAAAGUUGGAGGUUGACCCCAACGCUGUUCACAGCGUUACUCGAGGUCUAGUUGGCGAUUCUUCGUUCGCUGUGCUACCGGACAUUACCCCUCUGACAUGUUUCCUAUUGACACUAGGAUUCCAAACUCCCUUCUUGCUUCGCCUACUCUACAAGCCAACUUGGGAAACAUUUGUCGGCGCUGUCACACUUUGUGGCUAUGCCUCGUUUCUUUUUGGCUGGCACGUCCAUGAGAAGGCCAUUCUCAUCGUCAUAAUCCCAUUCAGUCUCAUUGCCCUUCGCGAUCGUCGAUACUUUGGUGCAUUUAGACCGCUCGCGGUCGCAGGUCACGUCUCUCUUUUCCCCUUGCUGUUCACAGCGGCCGAGUUCCCGAUCAAGACCGUGUACACAAUUCUAUGGCUGAUCCUGUUUCUCAUAGCUUUUGAUCGCCUCGCUCCUGCAUCACCCCACCCUCGAAUCUUCCUGCUUGACCGUUUCUCGUUGAUUUAUAUUGCGUUGUCGAUUCCUCUGAUUGCUUACUGCUCUUUGGUUCAAUUCAAGCGGAAACCCGUCAAACUCGAGCCGUUACCUCCAUCUCUCAAUGACCAGACGGAGGUGUGGGCUAUCGAGGAGACAGGAGAGGUUUUCACGGAAUACGACAAGUUCCUGGCAAGACGCGACUUCUAUUCACAGGCACGUCCGCCCGACCCAACGCCCGAAAUUUUCUUCACAUGCGAAUCGACCGGACACACGGGGUACACAUAUUUCGAAGCUAGAGAGAGCGAGGUUUGCAAGCCACACCAUGUUUGGGAUCUAAUGGAGGCGUCCAAGGAGAUCAACAGUAUUUUCCCUGAGGGCUUAAGGUCUCGUGUACUGGAGUUUGUGCAAUUUCGAAAUACCGCGAGGAUGGACGAUCUAGUGAAUACCGUGUUCGACCAUUUCAGAGAGCACUAUAUGGUUGGCGACCGAGUAUCCGUUGAACACGAAAACACAAAGCGAUAUGGGGUCAUUUCACAGAUUGUUGAUCAAACCUCGAGGAUUCAAAGCAUAUACUCGAGUCAUGCACCGGACGACCAAUUUCGAUCACUUGUAUAUCACAUCACCCUGGACGGAUCAGGAGAAGAGUUGAUUCGCUAUAAGGCGGCGGAGCUACAGCGUGACCGAAGGGUUUACUCGAAACUGAUCUUGAAGCAAUUCUUACGAAGUGCCGUAUCAAGGGAAGCAUGGAACGGUGCGCCUUGGAUUGUAAAGGACCACCUCGCGAAACGGUAUCGGAUUAGCACCACAAUUCCCAAGGCCAAAACCCGCGAUGCUGUAAUGGCGGCGAAGAAGGCAGCAAACUCUACAAAUCAUCACAACGCUUUACAUCACAAUGGAACAGGACCUCUGAACGGUACAGCUUUGGGCAAUGGACAAGGGGCCCUACCGCCACACCAUCCCGCCUUUCUCAAUUUCUCAAUAAACCCUCAAUUUCCCUUCCACGACCCCAAUCCACCUGCUUUACUUCCGCCUCAAGGACACGACAACCUAUAUCCUCGUCCGUACCAUGGCAUACCUCCGCACCACCAACCGCCCCAUCCGCAAAUAAUACCUCCAGGCCCAAAACCAGAGGAUAUGCUUCCUUCCAAUCUUCCCGCCUUUUUGACAAACGCGCUAUAUCUACCAAUCGGGCGACCCUUCAUAAAUGGUGUAAUGCAGACAGCACAGUCGGAGAUGCAGCGUAUUCAGCAGCAGGAGCAGGAACAGCAACAGUCGCAAUCAGGACAAAAGGCUCAGCAGCCACGACAGCGACCGACGCCGCCAUUAGCGAAGCCGUUCGAGCCCAUAAAGUAUCCUAUGGAGGAUCUAAAGAUAAAGCAACCCCGAACUAACAUCUCACGACCGCCAUUAAAAUUCCUUUGCGACGAUGUACCUGACGGUGCCGAUCCUCCAAAGAGAGAGAAGGGUGUUCUAAUGAAGAGCGUGGGUCCAAUUCUGUGUGCAUGGGAGACAUUGAACGUUCAUGAUGGUGUGUAUGCGCUGGAUUCAUUCACCAUCGAUGACUUUGUGGAUGCAAUGUGCUUUACUUCUGAGGAGGUAGACUGUGAACUUCUCGCCGAAGUGCACUGCGCCAUAUUGAAUCAGCUCGUGGAUGAAGAGGGAGAGCUCCAAGUAUCGAUUCCCUCAGUUCCAGGAGCUGAUGACUCUGAGGACGAGUCGAGUGAAAGCGAGAGCCCUGAGCCCGAGCCUGAACCCGAGCCACCAGCCCGGUCAACUCGUAGCAGCAUGAGGAAAUCUGAAGCGAACGCAUUGGCCAAACAACGUACGCCGACACCAGAGCCCGAAGAUCUCCACAGAGCCCCGGAGUUCCUGGAAGAAUUCGACUGGAUUGAACGAUGCAAGCUUCGAUACUUCAGCGAGGGUGGAUGGCAAUCCAUCCUUGUUGGUGUUCUAUAUGCCCUCUCUUUCAACUCGUACCAGAAAGAGACUUGUGAGCAAAUACUUGCUGAGCUGGUUCCAGCUGAUGAGGAUCCGUCUAUUGACAAUAUUGCCCUGAACUACAAGCAUCUCGACGUCAACUUACGCAUAGCCGCCCUAGAAAUGGUCUUGCAAUUGACUGUGACUACGGAGACAUUCCGUGAACAGCUUGUCGCCGCCUCACAGGAGUUGACUCGACUCCGCAAGGACAAGAUCGAGAACCAAAAGAGGCGUAAAGAACUUGCCGACGAGCUGUUUAAACUUGACAACGAGCGGAAGAUUCAACUGCCGCUUAAUGUACCAACUUCACCGGAAGUUGUUAAAGAAGAUCAGGACGCAUCUUUUUUGAGCGAAACCAAAGAAGAUACGGACGCCGGAGUCGAGUCUUCACCAGAGCAAAAAUCGGGCAAUCGCAAGCUUCGGCACACGAAACAGAAUAAGCGCAAGCGGGAAGCGGACGCCAUCAAGAAGGAAAAGGCCAAGAAAGCGAAAAUCGAAGCCGCAAAGACCAAGCAACAGAAAGAGUGGGACAGACUUCUAAAAGCGAUCGACAAGAAAAAGGACGAUUUGAAGGAGUGUGAAGCUACCAUAAAUGAGUUGGACGAGGAUCUGAGGGAAACCAUGGUCCAUCGUUGCAAGCUUCUUGGAAAGGACCGUUUCCUGAACAAGUAUUAUUGGUUUGAGCAUAACGGCAUGCCUUACGGCGGUGUUCCAACAAGUUCGACAGCCAGCUACGGCUACGCAAAUGGUCGUCUAUGGGUACAAGGGCCAGAUGAGUACGAAUUUCAGCCCAACCUCGAAGAACCUGCACUAUCACAAGACAAAGAGGAGUUUGGCUUUACUGUUCCGCAACGAAAAGAGAAAGAGGAAGGUCUAACCCAUCUGAACGCAUCCACGGAAUGGGGGUAUUACGAUGAACCAGAAGAAUUGGACCAGCUCAUGGCUUGGUUGGAUGAGCGUGGCAUUCGAGAGAAGGCCCUCCGCAAGGAACUCCAAAUCUGCCGUGAUAAGAUUGCGGAGUAUAUGCUUAAGAUGAACAGCCACUUCGCAGAGCUUGAGAAAGCCAAGACUGCUGAUGAACCAGUUGGCACGCGAGUCUCGAAACGAGCCAAGGGGUAUUCACAGGCAGAAGCCACCGCAGACCGAUGCCUUCUGUGGACCAACAGCAUCAUGAGAAACGAGGUGGGAUACAGCUAUAUGGAGGAAUAUGAACCUCCUCGUAAGAAGAGAGGUAGCGCCAAAGUUACGAAAGCCAAAGGCAAAAAGUAAGGUGUGGCUCCAUGGCCACACCCAAAUCACACAAACAUCAACCAUAACGGCCGAUGAACGGUGCCGCUGGCCCUUGCGCGCACUGUUAUUCUCAGCCCAUUCCAUGUGGGUAACGAUUUAUGAACAGCAUGUCACAGCAAAGGCGUUUCUCGAAAGACACUCUCGAUUAUGCUUGAACAGUGAUCACCACCCUGCUGGGGUUGUCGGGGCACUGUCUUGGAGUUUGAAGUCUGGAGGUUUUUUUAAAUGUGUGUUCAUGCAUAUAUGGGGUGUUGGGGGGCUCGAAACCAUCCUGUUGAAGGACUCAUUUCUGCCCGGAGGUAUAGAUCAUCUACUUUCUUGCAGCAAUAGGCGAUUGCUCAGCAUGUUUAUCUUUACAUAGCAUUACAUGAAGCUUCACUGCUUCUGAUAUUGAGGUCUGGCACUAGAGGAAACAUACUUCCAAAGUAUCAAUGUAU